AUGGCCCCUUCGAAUCCAGUGAUUACGAAACACGCCACACGAAAUGCUAUCAGCAGUCCUGCGAUUACUGCCGGCGAGAUUGUAUCUCAAUUGACGAAUCCAGGAGACAUAUUCUCAAUUUUACUGCUGCUGGGUCCGGAAAUAGUUCAACAAGCGGUGGCCCAGCUCGCGGGGCGAUACAUCACACCGGUCGCCUUCUCAUUUGGAUGGGUUGCAUAUUCAGUGCGAGCCUUGACCGCUGUUGUUGGGGACGGAAAUUUAAUGCCCGAAUCGGAUAUCGCAGAUGUAAUAGUGAUUGGCGCGCACAGUGGCCACACGCGGACGACGACAUCAUGGGUUCUCGGCAGACUGCUUCGAGAUUCAAAUCGCAUAGUUGAUAAGAUAAUGCGCAAUGAGCAAACUCACCGCACAGAAAGUACCCGAAACUCCAAGACGAAAUGGUUUGAAGAAAAGAUUGCGUCCAGUUUCAGCGCUAAGCCCGCAACACGACCAUGGGAGGCUCUUCGUAUCUCCGUAUACGAGGUGAUUGAUAGGCCUACAUGUGAUCAUGGUGUUCCAAUAAGAGACUACAUUUGGUAUUCAGGCUUUGUCGUUAUCUUCUUGCAAUUGGUGAUCGCGUCCAUUCCAUGGAUACUCAACGAUCAAUGGGGAAGCUUGCUCGUAACUCUCUAUGGGAGCUGUCUUGCUUUAUUACAAGCCUCACUUCCUCAAUGGAGACGAGAAAAAUGGGCAUGUCCAAAAAACGGCGGUUCCGACAUCAUACUUACUCAUGGUAAUGGAAGCCGUCAUGCGAUAUUGAUCCUAGGCAAAAGGGGUGUUGGUUUGGACCUCGAAAUUCUGGCCCGAGGAACUAGGACCGUGCGAGCGACACGUUGCACGAGGCUACUUACAGCCCUGUUAGCAGCAAACUGGGUCUUCCUUCUCGUAAUGGCUGCAGGCCUGAAAAACGAUGCAUGGUAUCUUCUUGGGAUUGGUGUGCUAGGCAGUAUUCAAAACAUUGUCUGCGUUGGACUUCCGCGAAGCCCUAGUGCCCUCGGUAUCCACAUUCAUAAUACCAAGCGCAUAAUUCGUGGUCAUCGAGUCGCCGAUGUCAUCAGACAAGCCGAGGAGUUAUAUCCUGGGGUGGGAUUAUCUCUUGUUCCCGUUUUUUUCCCAGGAUCAAUGCGGAUUCAACCCUCGGAAUUCGAUUUCUGGAGAGAAGCCCAAGAGCGAAGCAAAAGACCAAAUCGAUGGGGCACUCGUAUAGACAGUUUGCCACCCAAAGAUCCUCCAUCCUUAUCGGAAGUGGAAGUGAAAUAA